UCCUCUUCUUUCCAUUUUCUGUAAGCUUCAAAAGGCCAUGGAUUCUCAGGGAGCAAAAUCAGCAGCAACCAUACUCUUCAUCCUCAAUCUUGUCCUUUAUUUCAUCGUAACCGUGAUUGCCGCAUGGGCUGUAAACCACGGAAUCAAAAGGUCGCAGGAAACAGCUGCUGCUUUAUCCUUUCCUGCUAGAAUAUUUCCAAUAUACUUUCCAAUGGGCAAUGUGGCGACGGGUUUCUUCGUAAUUCUUUCACUCCUUACUGGUGUUGUGGGCUGCACAACUUCACUGACUGGACUUCACAAUGUUUUCCAAUGGAAUGGUCCCAACUUGCACACGGCGGCUGCUUCUUCUCUUGCAACUUGGGCACUCACUCUUCUCGCAAUGGGAUUGGCAUGUAAAGAGAUUGAACUUGGAUGGACAGAUUCAAACUUGAGGACUCUAGAGGUAAUGACAAUAAUUGUCAGUGGAACACAAAUGUUUUCCUACUUUGCUGUCCAUGCUGGAGUUGAAGAAGCUAUUGCUUAUGAAAAGUAUAGAGCAGGAAGAGUCUAAGUUCCCAUCUUAAUCUACAUUGCUCGGUUUUAUCAUGCGUUGUUGUUCACAGCCACAAAACUCUAUUAUUUUCAAGUGAAUUUUAUUAUGCAUACAACUUUUCUCUAGCUGUGUGAAAUUUUAAGGCUGGUGUUGUAAUAUGAUUUCUUGUUGAUUAUAUAAACUUGCAAGAUUUUACCUUUUCUUGUA